AAGGAUUCUCCUUUCGUCGUUAAAUGGAUAGAAUUGAGUUGGAUAAUACAUCACCACGCAGGAGCGUUGUCAAUGACGUCUCACGAGACAAUUCAAGGGUGCUAGACUAUAGCGACGGAAUACAUACAAUGCAGGAAAGAAAUCGCUUGCGCAAGUGGUGGUUGACCAAUAUCCGCCCGGAAGUAGCCGCUGAAGAUGGAGACCCGAGAGACUUCCUUGCCCUUGAGAGAACGUUUCUAGCGUAUGUUCGCACGGCAAAUGCGCUUGCUUCGUUUGCGAUCGUCGCAGCUCAGCUGUUCAUCCUUCAUCAUGAUUCUGUCGUGGCUGGGAAAGUACUGGCUUGCCUAUCGCUUGCAUUUGCUAUCUAUAUCCAACUGAUGGGUGCUGUACGGUAUUUCAAGCAGCAAAGGUUACUUCAGCGGAGAAAGUGCUAUGUAUGGAACCCAGAGAGUAUCAGGGUUGCGUUAUUGUUCUUUGUGGUAUCUACUGUAGCCCUAGUGCUAGUGGUUGUGUUUGGAUAGCCCCAGCGAGGAAGUGCAUGUGUUGGCUUGCACGCUCUCCGGAUAUUAGUUUCGUCUAAAACAUACAGAGUCUAUAUAUAUAACCUCUA